AUGAAAGGCACGCAUUUAACAGGUCGUCUCUGUCUCAUGGAUCAGACGGAGCAGUCCAGUGUGGGCGACAUGUCCAGCCCAGAGCAGAGGCCCUGCAGCGGGGACAGUCCGGCCUCCAGUUCCUCAGUUCUGGAGCUCAACGACAGCUCGGCAGGGACAAACAAAAACUACCACAGCGACAACAGCGCACUCAAAACACAAGGGGGCCUGAUGAUCCCGGUGUUCUGCGUGGUGGGUCCAGCGUGUGUGGAGGAGAGGGAGGGCCUGGUGCAGAGGGCAGAGUUCGCGCUGGUUCGGAGAGACGUCCCGUUCUCUGGGCUGGUGGGGAGCGCUCUGCUAGCUCUGGGGUACUCCCACGCCACGGCCGCACAAGCUCACGGUAUCAUGACGGUCGGCCGCUGGAAGCCUCUCCCGGUGCACCUCCUCACAGACUCUGCAGACGCCACAGUGGGAGACAUGCUCCAGGACGUGUACCAUAUGGUCACACUCAGGAUACUGCUCUAUAGUUCUUCUCGUCUGGAGGGGUUGCCCUCAGAGCAGUGGACUUAUGCUACAGUCAGAGACGCUCUCAAAGAACUGAUGCGAGAAACCAACCAGAGCAACGUGAGCAAGGACUGUCCACUGUCCCAGAGCAUGAUUUCAGCGAUCGUCAAUAACAGCUCCUACUACGCCAACGUCUCCGCCUCUAUGUGUCAGGAGUUUGGGCGCUGGUACCAGAGACACCGGGGGCUUAAAGGUGACUGUAAUGUGGAGAAGUGGCCAGCACAGGAUAAGCCAGAUAACUGCAAAGUGGACAGAGAGUUGGAUGUGUCUGUCUUUCCCCGCCAUCCUGCCUCCAUGCACCUCUCACAACCUCACCCGACUCCUGCCGCCAUCUCUCUCAAAAUGGACCUUCAAAACUCCCCAUAUUUACCCCACCCAUCCGGCCAGCACCACCCCAGGAGCGCUGCACCUCUGCUUGGCCACUCUCUGCUCAACGCCCAACUCCCCCCACAAAUCAUUCGCCAGCAAAUUGCCAUGGCACAUCUACUGAACCAACAGUUAACCGGCCUGCUGUCGGAGAUCCUGCGGAAAGAGGAGGACCCGCACUCGGCCUCUCAGUCUCUGCUAGUCAAUCUGAAGGCCAUGCACAACUUCCUGAACCUGCCCGAGUCUAAACGAGACCAGAUCUACCAGGAGGAGAAGGAGAGGAGCUCCAACCCGGCUCACCACAACCACAGCCACAUUCACAGCCACAGCCACAGCAUACCGGCUCACAGUAUCAGGACACAAGCACAGAGUAAGUGGAGCGCUCCGGCCUCAGACUUACCCCUGAAGCUGGAUCCUCAAAUCAAUAUCUCCAAAAACAUCUACGAUGAGAUUCAGGCCGAGAUGAAACGUGCCAAAGUCUCCCAAGCUCUGUUUGCAAAAGUCUCUGUCAACAAAAGCCAGGGCUGGCUGUGUGAGCUGCUGCGCUGGAAGGAAAGCCCGUCUCCCGAGAACCGGACACUGUGGGAAAACCUCAGCAUGAUCCGCAGGUUUCUGUCCCUGUCUCAGAGCGAGAGGGACCAGGUCUACGAGGACGAGAGCCGGCAGCAGCACGGAGAGAGAGGAGGCUACGGGAGCGUCAACGAAGCACAGUUGCUUCACAGACCUCCUCCCCUUUUGUCGACCUCUGCUUCGCCCUCCACGGACCUCCCUCCUCCCCCAUAUCUCCCCUCCGCUCCCACCUGCGAAGAUUCCUCGCAGAAAUUGCAGCGAUCCCGAAAUCGCAUUUCUGUAGAAGCCCUGGGGAUUCUCCAGAGUUUCAUCGGCGACGUCGGCCUCUACCCGGACCAGGAAGCCAUCCACACUCUGUCCGCGCAGCUGGACCUCCCCAAACACACUGUGGUCAAAUUCUUCCAAAACCAACGCUACAACAUCAGGCAUUACAACCAAACCAAGCCACAAAGUCCCACCAAAGACACAGACGAGGCUUUGGUUGAAAACGCAAAUGAAAAAGAGACGAUUUCAAUGGAGGAGUCGCCCAAACUGGGAUUCCAAGACGUGGAAAAGGAUUUGGAGCAAGACGAUAUUGUUUCAAUGGAUUCACCGAACAGCAGCUACGAUGCCCUCUCCCUGGACUUCAAAGCCGACAGACCUUCAUCUCGCCACUCAGUGCAGCACAUAGUGACAGAGACGAGGGACAAGAUCAUGCAGUACAAGAGCAAGAUGGUGGACGAGGCAGAUCUGCGGAGGAGGCUGGCGAGUCUGGAGGAGUCAGUGGAGCUUCACGAACACAUGAAGAGACAGGCCCUGGCGGAGUUUGAGAUGUACCGGCAGCGAAUGGAGGACUCCCAGCUCUGCACCGAAGCUCAGCACACGCAGAGAGUGGUGUCCAUGAGCCGAGAGGUGGAGGAAAUGCGGCGGGACUUUGAGGAGAAGCUGCGAUCCUUCAGCCAGGCGCAGCAGCAGUUUGAGACGGAUAAACGGCGUGCGCUGGAGGAGCUGAGGGCCUCGCACCGACAGGAGGUGGAAGAACUCAUCCUCAAGCACCAGGACCAGAGCGCGUCAUCCUCAGAAGACCAGGAGAGGCUGGCCGAGCUGCACAGACAAGAGGUGGAUUCGUUGAUGGAGCGCGUGGAGGAGCUGUCGAAAGAUAAAGUCCGUCUGGUGGAAGAGUACGAAACCAAACUGGGGAAAGCUCAGGAGUACUACGAGAGAGAGCUGGAGGCCAUGAGGCGCACCCACCAACUCACCACAGAGAACCUGCUGGCCUGGAAGAGGACCGAGGUGGAGCUGCGAAAGGAGUUCCAGGCGCAGGAAGUAGCUCUGCAGAGGUCUCUGUCCAAACUGCGGAGCGAGGUUCAGAAAGCCCAGGAGGAGGCCAGGGAAAACCGGGACAAGACCAACAGACUGCAGACGUCCCUGGCCAACGCCGAGGGGACCAUCAAGAAUCUCCACAAACAGCUGGAGGAGGCCAUCCAGGACGGAGAGAUCUGGGUGAUGCAGCUCAAAGACACAGAGUACGAGCUGGAAGUGAGCAGAGAAAGGAUCCAGCAGCAGGCCACAGAAAUUCUACAUAAAGCAGGUCAGAUUGGCUCCCUACAGGCCACACACAUGUCCCACGAAGCCACGAUCCGAAACCUGGACCAGGAGCAGGGGCGCCUGAAGGACAAAAUUCGCAAUAUGGAAGGAGAGCGAGAGGGGCUUCUGAACCAGAGCCAAGCCUCCAGCGAACAACACAAGCAGCAAGUCCACAAGCUCGAACAGUCUUUGCGCGAGGAGCACCAGGGCCACGAGAAGGAGCUGACGCGGCUCCGAUCGCACUUUGAGGAUGAGACGCGCCGGUUCAAAGACGCCCAGGUGAGGGCGCUGGAGGACCUGGAGGAGAAGCACCGCAGACUGAGGGAGGACGCACAGCAGGAGAAGGAGGACGAGAAACAGCUGCUCAUCAAGAAACUGAGUCAAGAGUUUGAGAUAAAGCGGCUAUCGCUGGAGGAGCAGAGGGACAGACUUCAACAGCAGCUGGACAAUCUGAAAGAGGAACUAUCGGCCAAACUCAACAUGUCCAAUCAGGAGGUUUCCCAUCUGCAAGAGCUGGUGCGUGAAGGGGAACAGAACAUGAACUCGGCUCAGACUCAGAUCUCCUGCUUAAAAGAAACUCAAGAGAAACUCAGGAUCGAACUGGACGCAACGAGAGCCAGAGUCCGGGAGACCAGCAACCUCCUCACAGACCUACAGAAACUGAGUCAAGAGUUUGAGAUAAAGCGGCUAUCGCUGGAGGAGCAGAGGGACAGACUUCAACAGCAGCUGGACAAUCUGAAAGAGGAACUAUCGGCCAAACUCAACAUGUCCAAUCAGGAGGUUUCCCAUCUGCAAGAGCUGGUGCGUGAAGGGGAACAGAACAUGAAUUCGGCUCAGACUCAGAUCUCCUGCUUAAAAGAAACUCAAGAGAAACUCAGGAUCGAACUGGACGCAACGAGAGCCAGAGUCCGGGAGACCAGCAACCUCCUCACAGACCUACAGGAGGAGAUUGAGACACAAAAGCAGCAACACGAGGCCAGAGUCAUGUCUAUCCGAACGGAGGAGAAGCAGAAGAUGGACAAGAUGGCAGACGAUCUGGACCAGAAGUGGAGAGACGCGCUCAGAGAGGAGGUGCGUCUGCUGAAAGAUGAGUUGAACGAGGAGUAUGAGGCGGACAAACAGGCCGCGCUGAACCAGCUCUCGCAGCAGAAGGAACUGGACCUGAUGGCAGCGAGGGAGAACUGGCAACGCAAGGUUGAGGAUCUACUCGAGCAGAUCUCGUUGCUGAAGCAGAGUCUGGAGCUCCAGUUGUCCCAGUCUCAGGCCGCGCUACAGCAGCUGCAAUCUCAGUUCAGCCAGGAGAGGGAGCAUCUCACACAGCAGCUCAAAGAGCUGCAGAGGGAGCACCAGAGGAGAGAGCACCGGCUGCAAGAGGCUCACUGCUGUGCCCUCAGUACCAUGGAGGAGGCCCGGCAGCACCAGAUCAGGGCGUUGGAGGAGCGGCUGAAGCAGGAGCAGAGGGAGGAGGUGCAUGCGCUGAAGGAGGCGCACAGACGGACACUGGACAUCCUCCGGCAACAGUCCGACCAGGAGCUGCAGACUUUGCGCUUCGAGCUGGAGGACGAGGGCAAAGCCAAACUGGCCUCUCUUCGCGCUGAGCUGAACCACAUUCACGCCACGGCCAUCGAGCACCUGAAGCAGAUCCACCUGAAGGAGCACACAGUGGCCAAACGAGAGCUGGAGAAGGCCAUUGAGCACAGCCGACAACAGCAACCGCAUCACGGACCUGGACCACGAGAUCCACUCCCUGAACGAGACCAUCGACACGCUGACCGGGAGCUGGAGCACAAGGGCAAAGAGGUGCUGAGGGUGCGGAGCGAGGCUAACCACCAGAUCAGAGUCCACGAGCAGGACCUGACAAAGAGACACGAGCGUGACCUUGGGGAGAUCAGCGCUGCCCACCACAGAGAGGCCCAGUGUAUGUUAGCGGACUUCAACAAGGCCCAAGAGCUGCUCAAAGACAAGAUCUCUGCUCUACAAAUAUUGUUGGAGGGGACAGAGGAGAAGCUGAGGAACAGGGAGAGCCGGCCUGAAGACCUCCACGUGAUCGCAGAGCUCCGGGAGAUGGUGUCAGAGAGAGAGGCUCUGGUCAAGAAACUCGUGGCAAGUGAAAAUAAUAAGGAUGAUAAGAAGUUCUACCAGCUGGAGUUGGUGAACAGAGAAACUGGUUUUGGGAAAGUGUUCAAUGCCAGUGCAAACGUGGGAGUGAUCAAUCCCCUGAUCAAAGUGAACGGAGGACAGCAGUACACCAAGCUUAACUCCGUGGUCCAAUCAGAGCAGCACCUCAGCCUCUCUAGCCAAUCAGCUCUGGCCUUCUGUAGCGCGCAGGCGGGACAGGAAGCGCGCUGGUCCCUGCCGCGAAUCAGGAAACGGCCUCCUCUGUCCAUCAACAUCACGCCAUUUCCUGUCUCCGCCCACCCUCAUCCACUCAGCAUCACUCUGGACCAGUGCAACAGCCUUCCUGAAGCUUCAGAUGUGAGCAACGUGAAGUCUGAGAUGCUGGCGGUGGAGACGGUUCAGACCAGUCCAAACCAGUUCGACUCGUCCUUCUUCACCUUCUGA